ACUGGUACAGAAAACAUGAGACGGUUCAGAUCACAAAUUGAGGCCUAAGCCUGUGUUGCUAGUCUGUGUCCUGUUCUACAAGAGACGCCGCAUGAAUGAUGACAAACAUACUUCACAUAUUGAACGUAGUCUGUUGUCAUUAAUAAAACAUUUAAUGUCUUGUAAUUUCUAUAUAAACAUAAAAAGACAGGCCUAAUUAUCUGUACAUAAAUUAUUCUGACAAAUCUCCAUUCAAAUCAUGUCAACGCUUUGGAAAAACCCGAUAACAUAGACUUUGACAGCAAACUUUUGUUCACUGUCGACCUGUCAUGAUUCCGCCAUCUUGACAUCCUCUUUAUGAUCAAGUUGAUGAGGGUCACACCAGUGUAAGUGGAAUGCAGUGAACACAUGAACUACUUGAAUACAGCGACACCACAGACUAGCGGACCUCAAGUGACGACAGACUAAUCUGCUUCAUUCAGUGAACAGCUUACAUUGAGUUUCCUGCAGACGACAGACGAUGCUCCUCACAGACUGGGUCCUGCUGAGGGCAGACGACUGUUACCUGUCUGGUUACCUGUUGUGAGAGAGGAAAGUCGCUGUAGCUGCUGAAGAGAAUGGACAAACACAAAAAGAAGGCGGCUGUUGGUACAGGAGCUUUAGGGAAAGUCGAAGUUUGUCUGCUCCACGUGACUGAUGCUGAGGCUGCUUUUCUUACACACCCAGGUAACGCGCGCCGACUCCAGGAGGUCAGGACUCGGUCAGGUGCUGAUGUACAGGUUGACCCCAAAUCCGUACCUGACACGAAGACUAUCAUCAUAAAGGGUGACCUUAGACAAAUCGACAUUGCUGUCAGGCUCCUCAAUCAGAUGACUGGAUCGCAGGAAGAUGUUUUACAGCGAGCACAGGAGUUUUGGUUAAAAUGGGUUGAGGCCGCCUUCCUUGACUUUGACUCACAGGCCUACUUCCUGCCUCCUGUCUACAUCAACCGCGUGCCCAUGACUAGAGAGACCAUUGCUGGUCAGGAUAUUCUUGUCCUUCAGAAACCACCUGGACAGGCCGGUCAGUCCUGCAAAGUAACGGUGAAUCCAUCUCCCGCUGUUCAAAGUUCCAGUCCUCAACCUACUGUAGUUCUGGACAGUGAUGUUAGAGAUGAUGCAGCCAUGCAGCGCAUUUUCCUUUGUCUGCAGAAAAUGUCUCAACAGAACAGUGAAGUGUUUGUUGCAAUGAGUCAACUUCAGUUCGGGGAGUACCUGGGAGAACCUUGUUAUGCUGCUGCAGCAGCCCAGGUGCCCUUAGCUACAAGUCUUUCCCCUCCUCGGCCGAAAAACUGGGACAAGGGCGACUUUGAUGUGCUUCUUAUUGACAGGAAGUACGGUUUUGUGGUCUGUGAGGUGAAGGCUGUUGGUGACAACGUACAAGAACUUGGUCUGUCACAGCAGGAUAUGGAAAAGAACAUCCGAAAGAAACUAAAACAGGCCAUCGUUCAACUGGACAAGGCGGAGGCCAUGUUGUCUCACCUGGUGUCCGACAUUGCUCCCGGUCUGCGCAUCACUAAGACCAUCGCUGUCCCAAACCUCACUGCUCAUCAGGUAGAGCAGGCAAUUGCUGGUGACAAUCAACUCACUCAGGACUUGUGUCACUGCCUUGGAAAACCACAAACAGCAGAUGCUGCCGGCGCGGCUGGUCUUUGUUUGACCUCUGAUCAGUUGUCUGACCCCAAGACCCCGUGGGACGUCAGUAGUCACGUGCUGAGGGAACUCGGACACUGGUGGCAGCGACGUGUGGCUGGGGCUGGACCUGACAGUCACAUGACACGUGACGUGUACAAGACACUGGUAGCCAGCUGUCUACCAUCAUCAAGCACAGAGAGGACAUGACAGUCUAUAUCCUGUCCUGACAAACCGCAGACGACAGUCGCUGCCUCUUAUAGACUUGGUCCUGCUGAGGGGAGACCACUGUCAGCCAUGUCUGGUCCCCCGCCGUCUGCUUCACAACAGGGACAAUGCUGGAAAGGAGGCCCUGGAGGAGAAAGUUCUAGAGGCGGCGGAGGAGUCGAAGUUCACCUACACGCCGUGACCGACGAACAGGCUGCACUACUUCAGAAUACAGAAAACAUAUGUCUACUUGACCAGGUGAGCAAACAGUCAGGCGCUGACGUAAACUUUGAUGUCAACUCGUCACCUGUACUCGGUAGGAAAGUUGUCACCAUACGUGGUGUUCCAUCUCAGGUCGACGAAGCAGUCAAGCUCAUCAAUCAAAAGUUAACAUUAUCAGAACAAGCCCAGACAUUCUGGUUACAAUGGGUUGAGGCCGCGUUCCCUGAUCUCGACUCUGACGCCUACUUCCUGCCUCCUGUCUACUUCAACCGCGGGCCGAUGACCAGAGAGUCCAUUGCUGGUGAGAGUAUUGUGGUCCUUCAGCCAGCACCUGGAAAGGCCGGUCAGUCCAACAAACAAGCGAUGACUACACCUGCUGCUGGUCAGGCUCCCAGUCCUCAAGCUACUGGAGUUCAGGACAGUGAUACCAGAGACGAUGCCGCCAUGAAUCGUGUUCUCAAAUGUCUGCAGACAAUGUCUGAACAGAAGAAAGAAGUUUUGGUAGGACUCAGUCAGCUGAAGUUCGGACAGUACUUGAGUGAACCUUGUUACUCAGCCGCAGUUGCCCAGUUACCUGUAGCCCUCAGUCUUCCGUCGUGUCUGCCCCGAAACUGGAAACAAGGAGACUUUGAUGUACUUCUUCUUCACCGACAUUUUGGUUUGGUCGUACUUGAGGUGAAGACAUUUGGUGACAACCUACAGGAACU